AUGCUACAAGUUUUGUUCAGCAGCAGCAGCUCUCCCGAUGUUUCGCCCGUCCGGAACCGGCCCACCGCCAAAGCGGUCAUCGACGACAGCAGCGACGAGGCCAGCGACGCGAGCGCGCCUACGGGCCCCUCGGCGUCGUCGGCCGCGCCCAGGGUGCCCCCACUGGAGGGUCUGGCGACCCGCCUGCCGACGAGCCUCGCGAACCGAGCGCCCCUCAGCAACUCAUCCCGCUCCCGGUCCAACUCGCCGUCCAACGACUUGGAGUGGGAGAGGCAGUGCUCGCCGUUUCGUCAGGAGCGGCAAGAGGGCCACCGAGAGCGGGGCCGCGACACGACGACCACCAAAGAGCUGCACCAGUCCGUCAAGAGGAAGAACGAAGACGACAGGGCGCGCGCCCUCAAGAAGCACCUCGGCGACAAGACAUCCAAAGAGAACAAGCCGGCCGAGAGCACCGCCAGCAGGGACAAGCACGGGCUGGCGGCAGUCGCGAGCAAGCGGCGGCGCUCGUCGGACAGCUCGUCGUCGAGCAGCAGGAGGACUUUAGAAGAGUGCGGCAAGUCGCACAAGUCUUCGAAGAGCAGCGGGGACAGAGACAAGUACUCAAAGAGCAGCGACAAGUCCUCGAAGAGCAGUGGAGACAGGUCCUCGAAGAGCGGCAGGGACAAGUCGUCGAAGAGCGGCAGGGACAAGUCGUCGAAGAGUAGCAGGGACAUGCCUUCAAAAAGCAGCGAGGACAGGCCCUCGAAGAGCACCGAGGACAGGCCCUCGAAGAGCACCGAGGACAGGCCCUCGAAGAGCACCGAGGACAGGCCCUCGAAGA